CACUGCCCACUAUAAAAUAGAUAGUAUAUAUAAUAUAGAGGAGAACAUUUGUAAAUAAUUCAGGGAAGGAAAUGCUACAUUUUCAUUGACUCAAAUGAUUCACCUGUAAGUCAUACAGGCACACUGAAAUCACAAAAUAAUCCGCUGUACGUUUCUUUUUUUUGCAUUAAGAAUUCGUGCGCGAUUUCUACAUGGAGCCCGUGGCCGUUAUCCAAGGGGUUGUUCGAAGCAGCUAUUCCUGGCAGCCGCCCGCCAAGAUGCGCGCUGCUGAUCCCGAUGGGAGAGGGCCAGGCUAUUUGGCUUUCAUCGCAGUUGUCCUUUGUCCCUGAAACGAAUCAACUGGUACCGACGAGCGUGAAAAUUAAAUGCCACUCCGCUCUUCUUUUUGUAUUUGUGAUAGGCCUGCAGCCGUACGAAUUAAAUGUCGGCGAAGAAUAAUAAGAGGUAUCCAUUGGCGCUUUCACUCUCCUUUAAACGGGGUGGUCUCGCUCGUUCUCACCCCCGCUCGUGUUGCAUCGGAGGUCGGCAGUUAGUCUCCUUGCAGGCUUCGGCACACUUUUGCGGGAGCUAGUUUUACACUCCCCUCUGGACAGAAACUAUUUUUAAUAGUCAGAUUAAAUAAAAAAACUAUUUUUGAAUUUGUUAUUAGGACAUCUGGAAUGGAGGAGCGGAGUGUCAAUCAAUGAAAUGCGUGAAGGUUGGUAUGGUUAACCCAGGAUCGGUUUGCAAGCACUGAAACGUGAUUUAACUAAUAUGUGAUCGCCUGGUCAUUGUCGUUCCCCGGGAAGGAGAGGGGCCUUUCCUUAUUCCGGAGUCUUUAGUGUUGUGGGAAGCUGUUGAAAGCUUUUUUAAAACUGCAAUCUUCUGAUAGUCACGUUCGUAUCGUUGCAUCACAGCUGGUAUGCAGUUCGUCCAGAAGUUUAGCAAAUCGGACGCGGUUGUAAAAGGUUGGUAAAAGCAUUAAAUUGAGACAUUUAUUGUAAACCCGUACAAUAAACACGUAGAAAACUGUGUUAUGUGGGAUACGUGAAGGCUGAACUUUUAACAGUUUGUUAGUUCAACUCUGUUUAACGAGAAUUUUUGUACUUUUUACGUCUCGUUUUUUUUUACAGUCUGGCAUUUGUAGGGUUUCUAACUGCAUGGAACGAGCGCUGUAAUUUAUAAGGAUGCCAGGUAAUAGCCCACAUUACCAUAUUAACAACAUUUAAUGAUAACCGAAAUAAUAGUUUUAAUUACGGGGGGAAAUGAAUGUCAAUUAGUUGUCUGAAACGUCAAGGCUACACUCUUUGAGAAACGUUAUCGGCUUGGAAAGAAGGGGACCUUUUAUAAAGGAAAAGGCUAGAGGCAAAUGUUGUGACAGGCUUAGUGAUAACAGGAGAUGGGGACAAUGGAGCGCUGUGGCACGGAUUACAUUUAAGAAACAUUUAUCGUUUUUUUUUUUUUUGGCAGGCACGUUUAAACAGCUGUUAUUAAUAAGUAUAUGGAGAUGCACUCCGAAGUCCUUCCCAAGCCGUCAGUCUAGACAUUUCCCAUUUACUGGAUCCGCAGAUCGGUGCCAGCUGUCGGGACUGUAUGAAAGUGUGCGAGGUGCGUAUCUAUGAACACAUGGGAGUCUGACUGCAUGGGAGGAACAUUCAGCCGGAUUUACUGGCGGUUGCCAACCACUUCAAAAUCCCACGGAUGUAGCCAGUUCGUGCUUAUUAAGCUCCUGUGCGCUUUAUCCUCAGAUUUAAAAUACGGACAACGUGUUUCCCUCAAAGAAAUCCAAAUUCUUUGAUGCCGGGUUGCUGAAAUAAGGUGCAGACUUUUCCCGAUCGAGUUGCCUCUCACUGUCCGGCAGCAAACCUCGGUGCGCACGUUUUGGGGGCUGCCGUGCCCUUCUCGCCGGACAGAUGGCAAAGUGGCUGAAAGAUUACCUGAGUUUCGGGAGCAGGCGUGUGCCGCCGCAGCCACCAAAACCGGAUUACACCGAAAGCGAGAUACUCAAAGCCUAUCGCAUCCAGAAGAGCCUGGACUUCGAAGACCCGUACGAAGAGUCGGAGAAACGAGCUCGGAGUGAAUCCGGAGCGGCGGAUGUGGCGCAGCCAGGCUUCGGAUCCCCGCUGAAGUCUGGCACUCUGGACAUGAAGAUCCUGUCUCCCAAACACCGACUCAUCAAAGUGGAAUCGCAGGACCUGGGCAGAAGCAAAAUACUGCUGAGCGCUGUAUCUAUCGAGGAGCCACCCGUGCCGGUGAUUCCGUCGGCCCCCGCGGUGGGCGACACCGAUUACUCUGAUCCCUUCGACGCUCGAUCGGACCCCAGGUCCGAUCCUGAUACGGAGCAGCUGCCCCCGGAGAAUAAUGGCUACAUGGAGCCAUUCGAGGCCCAGAGGGUCAUUACAGAGCUGCAGUGGGCCCCGGCGGGAGGCCACCCAAGAUGCGGAUUCCAGCUGUAUGACACUCCGUACGAAGAGCGGGCCCCGGGGGGCCCCGAGGAGGGCCGCGAGAGCCGCCUGCCCCGGGACGACGAGCGACCGGCUGACGAGUACGACCAGCCGUGGGAGUGGAAGAAGGACCACAUCUCCAAGGCCCUAGCAGUGCAGUUCGAGGCUGCAGACUGGGAACGCUCCCCGUUCCCCUCGGAGCGCCUCCACCAGGCCAGACUGGGCGCCGCCAGGCACCGGAAGCCCGCCGACGGCCACGCCAUGCUGGGGGAGAGAGUGGACCCCACCCUGCCCUUGGAGAAGCAGGUGUGGUACCACGGCAGCCUGUCCCGCUCAGAAGCAGAGUCCCUGCUCACCUUGUGUAAGGAGUGCAGCUACUUGAAGCUGCCAAGGCUUCAUGCACAUGAAGUUCACCGUGUCCAAAGAGGGGAAGCACAUCCUGGGCCAGAACAGCCCGCCCUUUGACACCAUCCCGGAGGUGGUCCAUUAUUACACCACUCACAAGCUGCCCAUCAAGGGCGCAGAACACUUAUCCCUGCUUUUCCCCGUGCUGGUCCAGACUCUCUGAGCUGCGGCCUCCUGAUUGGACGCUCCUGUUUGCACACCUCAGCCGAUGAUUUUCUUUAUUCCCAGUGUUGUCCUCACUACGUAGGAUCCAGUGGCUGUUUAAGGUUUCUCACUUGUCACUUAGACAAUGUUUCUGAUUUUCUGUCAAAUGAAGACUUUUUAAUCAAGUGUAUAAUAUUCCCCAUUCCAAUUGGACGUCCUCUUUUCCGAUAAAUGGUCUCUGGAGACCCCGAGUUACUCACGCAAGCGGCGAGACUGGCCUGGAGCCAUGCAGAUUUUCAUGUCUGCCAAUAUCAUCAAGCUCGUUAAAUUCCCGCUCAAUAAUUAACCCUGUUAUUCCUGGGUUUGCGGUUCAGCAUCCACCAACCUGCUGGAUGAUUUAGUGUAGUCAUCAUGUACGGCAGGAGAGGAGUUUUGUUAUAUUGUAUUGUGACCCUUACCUGCCCCCCCACAUCCUACCCCCAUCCCCUGUCCAUUUUAAGAUCACUGCCUGGUUUGCAGUGUUCAGAAUUUUAACUUGGCAAAACGUUUUAGUCUCUGACAAGUUGAUCAUAAUGUUGAAUGUUUUAGUAACAACUGCAAAGGAGAAACCGAACCAACCUAUUUUAGUAGUAUUGUUACGACGGUCGUCCUCGUUACUGCUGAUGGUUACCAAUAAGCUUAACUGAGCUGUGUUUGGGGUUUCUCACCUGUGCUGAGGAAAUAAACUCUGAAGAAGACC